CUUCCCUUCACAGCACCACAACACACCACACUCUCACGCGUCAUCCGCCGCCCCAUUGCCGUCAUCGCGUUUCGGUUGCCCCGCUCCCUCUGUGCUGUCUUCUCGCGUGGUGCCUGCUGUAGGUGAGGUACACCAGCAGCCCCAGCGCCGUCCACACACUGAUGACUGCCCACCCAAGGCGUCUCAAAAAUGUCGCCAUCACCACAUUCAUCCCUGCAGGAAGCCACUGCCAGUCGAUUUGUGUGUCUCCGUCAGUUCCCCUUAUGCCCUCACCCACCCACCCAUGCCUAGCAGGGGUAUCCAUGGCGGCGCGGGGAUCUCGAAUACCUCACCAUCGGCACCACCGGCACUCCCCGGCCCCAGCAGGCCUUCCCCCUCGUCCCCUUCCCCUCCCUGCUGAAUGCUCGGCCGCAUGCAGAUCAGAGUCCGUUUGGGGCUCUUGGGGCUCGUGGCAGCAGCUGCAGCAGCUGCACUGGCAGCCGUUGCCGCGGCCUCCCUCUGCCGGAUAACUAGCUCGUCAAACUCGUCGAUCUCGACCUUCUUGGUGAUCCUCAGCGCUGAGGAAACAGCAAGAACCAGGCCGCCGCAGAAGGUGAGCCGAUGGAUGACGGCAGAGGGCUCCACGAGCGUGGAGUUGGUUCCCCCAAACACGCCAAGCUGAUGCAUGCGAUGGCCGGCGAGAGAAGGGAGACACGAUAGAUGUGUGCUGGUGGGGGGUAUCCAGAUCCAGUCUGUACGUACGUCACCUGUAUUGAGGCUAUGGCUGCCUUUGUGGAGACUGCGAGCAGCCCGCAGCCGACAAGGUAGCCGACGAGUGCCAGUGCCAGGCCGGGAUCUCCCUCCCUGUCUCGGUCUACCGGUGGGGACGGGAGGACAGCCAGAACCGCCUCACGAGACCUGACCAGCCAGACACGACACGCAGUAGAGAAACAUACAAUCGGCGGGUUUGUAGUUAUGUGUCUCUGCGCGCGUGGAUAGACCUGACUGACGUGACCGACCUUAUCAUGAUGACGCCGGCGCACACGAAGGUGAAGGCCGUCAGGGUGCCGAUAGAAGUCAUCUCAGCCAGACUGCACACACAACAUCAACCAGCACUCAAGUACACAAGUAAGGAAAGCGACUCUACACCAGAUAGCAAGAGGGAGUGCAGGGAGGAAGAACCUACCGUGCUAUGUCCAAAAAGGAUGCCAGGAGGGCUGCGACAAUUGCCAUUAGGGCGGUACUGCGGACCGGCGUGCGAAACGUCUGGUCCACCUGCCACAUGCAGGAGAAAUGCAGCAGUACAGUGGGUGCACCAUGACGCGUACUGCGACACACUCGUCUGCCUAUUUGUGCACUGCACAUACAUGGCUGAGCCACGUCGGUAGCAAACGGUCGCGUGCCAUCGCAAAGUACAGCCUGAUUUAUGGAUCGGAGAAACAUGAAGAUCGACUGCCAGCCACUAUCCAUCUGUGUGUCUCAUGCAUCUUUGGCGGCGGGUUGUGUUGUGUGCCUGACCUUGGCCCAGCCACGAGGCUGACGAGCGCCCCUGCUAUGAGACCGAUGACCGCACCGCCUGAGAGCCAGACCGGAGGAACGUGUUCGAGCCGAGCCUUUCGGCCAUCGGUCUACCGGAUAUGAAAAGCUCAAGCCAAGCCGAUCGGCCCCUAAACAAACCACAGAAGGAGAAGAGCCCGUGAGGAUGCAUGUCUCUCUCCUUUGCUUCUCGUCCGUCUGUCCACCUGAAGGCAGCCGCGAGCGGUGCGCUGAGAUCCACGCUGCUCCAUGGGACAAUGAGUGUCAGACAGGCCGCCACCGCCACAUAGAUGACACUCGAUACCGCCACGGAGCCCACAAGGCCAUAUGGCAGCGAGUGCCGAGGGGACCGACACUCCUCCGCCAGAGAGGCAACAGCGUCAAACCUGACAGGAGACGCACACAAACGCAGACUGACGCAUUCGCACCUCCUUCCCCCCCUUGUUGCGCCAACCCAAUAUAUGCAAAGGAGAUGGUCGCCGCGCCACUCAGUAUACCCUCCACCCCGUUGGGUGCGAAGUUGCUCCACAGCGACCCAUCCACAUACGCCAGCGCGCCCAGCACGAAGGCCGCCAGGGCCGCCACCUUGAACGCGGUAAUGACGCCGUUCAGCACACUCGUCGCCUUGAUGCCGACACAGAUGAUGGCCCCGAGCAAAAGGAUCAGUGAGGCCGCAAACACUCCCCUGCUUGCAAUAAUGGGAGCCGAUUGUGUGACCAGCACGAAGGGGGCGCCGGCAGGCGAGGGAGAGAGGGGCGCUCCCAAGCCAGUGAAAAAGCCCUGCGUGUAGGAUGCCCAGCCCCGGGCAAUGGUCGCCGCACCCACCGUGUACUCGAAUGCCAGUGUCCAGCCGAGCAGGAAGGCCGGCAGCUCUCCCGACGUGCAGAAGGUGAACGAGUACGCACUCCCUGAUUGGCAGAGAGCGAGUAUGGGUGUGUGUGCUGCAGCCGCUACCGUUUCUCUGGCUGGCUGGGCUGACCUGCGAUGGGUAUCCGUGUGGCCAGCUCUGCAUAGCACAAAGACGAGCACAUGGCCGACAGCCCCGCAAUGAGAAACGACACGACGACGGCCGGGCCAGCCCGGCGAGCGGCUACCCCCGACAGAACGAAGAUGCCUGAACCAACUGCACUCACAUACGUAUACAUUGCAAUUAAGGGCGCCAUCCAUCCGUCCAUCCGUCGAGUCGACGUGCGUCCCUUACCGACUUUGCCCACGCCGAUGAGCAGGAGGUCAUUGGAGGUGAGGCACCUUUCGAGGCCUGCAUCUGCACCUGCCGCGGUCUCAUCUGCCAGAUCCGUCAACGACUUGCGCCUCAUCAUCUCCAAAUGAGGUCUACUGGAGGACGGCUGGCGCGAGCCCAGGAAUCCAGGGCCUGCGAGCCUCCAUCCCCUCAU